AUGUCGUGGAGCGGUCCAGUAGCCGGUGCACCGCCUUUUCAGCAGCCCCCAUAUAACAACAACCAGCAGCCGCCAUAUAACAACAGUCAGCAGCCGCCAUAUAACAACAAUCAUUCUGCCUAUGGCCAACAACUUCCAUACCAAUAUGGACAACAGCCACAACAGCCAGGCUAUGGACAGCCUCGAGGAACUGCAUGGCCUGCAAGUGGGCCUCCACAACGAGCACCUGAUAAUCGCCCGUCUAAGAAGAAGGCUGCACCUGUAAUUACUCGGUACCCUCCUCCGCCAGGCUAUCGUGGACCAGCGCAACCUCAAGGGCCUUUUGGUGCUAAUCAAUAUUCCGGUCAAUACCAGCAGUCUCAGCCUGUAUAUCCAUCAGGCCCUCAAGCUCCUCCCAGUUAUACACCACAAGUAUACAAUGCUGCCCCUACAGCCUAUGGUUAUCAAGCGCAGGGAUACCGAGCACAGCAGCCCCAAAAUUAUGCACAAUCAGCCUAUCCAUCUACCCAGGGUCACCAAUGGCCACAACAAGGAUAUGCCUCUAAUACAGGUUAUUCACAAUCACCUAUUCAAUCAUCUGGGUCAGGUUGGGCGCCCCCUCAAAUGAACUAUCAAGGUCACCCACCUCAACCUGUUCCAAACAAUUCGAACCAGCAAGCCUAUAGCCAAGCGGGACCAUGGCCAUCAAAUAAUGGACCCCCACAAAUGGCAGCUCAAAAUUCCCAUGUGUCCUCCCAUGGUCCAGUUGCACGUACAACAGAUCCCAAUGCUACUCCAACGCCAGCUACCGUCCACAUGGCGACCUCCCAAGCUGCGUUGUCCUCGAACCAAUCAAAUGGUGCUGUGAAUCAGAAUAGUCCCACUGAAAAGCCACAGAUAUACCUUAGCUGUGAUGAUUGGGAUUUUGAUUUUGAUGGCGCGAUUUGGCCGAAGAGUAAUGAACCUGUGGACCCUGCCCUGAGCCUUGGUGUCAUUAUAUGGCACCCUGCGAAACAGAUGACACGCGCCUUGCCAUCGACUUUUGAAGAGGCUGAAAAACAGGCGUCGGAAGCAGCACUGGAAGGCUUAGGCAACGGAGACUCGGUAUCGAUGUAUUUCACAGCGGAGAAUUCGCAUGAAGCAUUCUUGGACGUGAGACAAACAGAUGAUUGGGACGCUAUUCGCGAUGACCCAGUCUUCGUUGUGUUCACUGAUGAGGAAAUGCAGAAGAAUGUUGUGUCAAUUGAGGAUUGCAUUGCCCAAAGAGACCGUCCGGAUGAGUCCUCGGAUACCACAAAACAUGAUGAAGACCAAGAGAUGCAUGAUGCCAGUUGGGACAUAAUGGAAAACCUCGAACAGGCCUUGACUAGCAGACAUGUCGACUCACAGUCGCAACCAAGGAAGCUAAAGGAUGUGCCGUCACCCACACAAGCCCAGGAAGAUAUUCUUGCCAAAUUAGGUGUCACUGGUACUCCGAAGCCACCAUCGCAUAAUACGUCUCCGGUACCUUACCAAACGCAUGAGACUCAACUCACUGCAUCGAAUCCAGAGAAGUCGGCCGCCCCUUCUACGAAGCCUCUCAGCUCGCAACCAGCUCCUUCUAGGGCACAUUCUUACAGUGGGUUGCCGCAUUCAGGCCACAAUCCUUCACAACAGCGGUCGUACGGCUCGAUGUCAUCUGGUUCGACAUCCAGACCACCGCCUCCGCCACCACCUCCAGAGCAGCCACACUAUGAUCCGUGGAACGCGCCUCAACAUGACACCCAUGCCUUUGGCGGGCGCUCGGGCAGCCCUGCAACCUCGGAAGGCAGCAAUCGAACCAUGGCUGGGUCUGAUUUCGAGUCCGGUAAGCCUAGUAACCAUAAUGAUCACGAAAAUUCUGCCGCACCCUCUCUGCCGCGAAGCGACAGUUCCAACAAUCGAAAGAGGAGCUACGAAGAUGCCGACAAGGAUGGGGAGCAAUCGCGACAGCAGGAUGACCAUUCGAAGCGCAAGAGGCGUGCUCAAGUCGAUGCUGCUUACAGGUGA